AUGCUCACCGACUACCUCAACUUCCGAAUCCCGUCGACGGGCCUGAUGACGUCGUGGUGCGCAUCGAAAGAGCCGUCGCACCUCAUCAAAAUCUUUUUCUGGACCACACCCUACUUCUCCUACCUACAAUAUCUGUUCCCAUUUCUGAUGGCCAUUCUCAGACUGGUCCCGAUUCACUAUUCAACAAACGCUCACAAGGUAUUUUCGAGUCGUUCGAUGACGUUACUAAAUGAAUGACAUUUCAGAUGAACAACACAACAGUGCGUGUGGCGAUCCCUUUUAUCUUCGUCUAUCCACUAGGCUUCACCUGGUUUCUCAUCCCCGCACUCGGAGUUUGCAGACAAUUUCUGCCGCCCUAUGCGUUCGGAGCCGUUUAUACACAUUACAUCGACUCGUGGUAUCAUGUAAGUCAUUCGCUGCAUAGAUAAUAGAUUGAUUACAUUCUUAAGCUGGGCGUCGGACCAUUCAUGAUCUACAAUUCCACGCUUUGGUUUCUAUUAACCUUCAUCGCCAACGCGAUUCUCUAUCGAAAGUUGAGAAGUUUGGGAAACCAAGGAAAAAGUGUACGGCUUCAAAGGGCAGAACUCACACUCACAUUGACCACAAUCUCGAUGCUAGUCGGCUACAUUGCAAAUCUGAUAUUAUUGGUUAGCAUUUCAUUCGUUCUCACUGUUAUAGGCGGAUCCUAGGCCGCGGUCGCUUUUUUUCAACAAGUCUCCGGAAAACGACAUGAUUUCUAUGGAUUUCAAUUCUUUUUGUCUUGAGAGAAGAGAUUACUUAUUGCGCGGGUUGUUCAUGUUUUUAAAGACGUUUCCGUCGAUGUUCACACCGGAUACGCGAGUUUCUCCAAUAAACAAACAAAGGUCUAAAACAUGAACAAGACAAUAAUAGAAGAGCUUCAAAAGACGUGUCGUCUUCCGGAAAAGCUAUGAAAACACGCGGCGACGGUCUAGGAUCCGGCGGCCCGAUCUCAAUAAUAGAAUUCAGGUGAUGCACGGCUUCUUCACCACCUACACACAGUACUUUGUGCCGUUCCGUUCGUUCGGCGUCGACGUCGAAGCCGUCCUCAUUCCAUGGAUCGUUUUCCUCGUUCAUCCGGCCUUUAAAAGUCACAGUCGUGCGCUGAAACAGUGGUUUUGGAAAGUGUCGAAAGGAGAAGAAGUGGCCGGAAGACAAAUUGUUCUGUAG